AAAAAGUAAUUCAAGAUGGCGAAUACUGGUGGAGGAACAGGACCACCUCCCAUGAUGAGACCACCCGCACCUUUUCCUAUGGCGGGUCCGCCGGGAUUUAUACCACCUCCAGGUACAGCUGACGGAGCAGUUCCUCCCAUGAUGCCCCCAACAGCACCACCUGGUUUUAACUCUGGAGGCUUUCCACCAAUGAUGCCACCCCCGGGAAUUGGCAUGCCACCAUUUCCAGGUCCAGCAAACCCUAUGGUGGCCAAUGUACAACAGACCAACCCAGCAUCCAGCUCCCCAGGACAGGCUGAACAAAAGCCAGAAAAGAAGUCUCCAUGGACAGAGCAUAAGGCUCCAGAUGGAAGAACGUAUUAUUAUAACAAUGUCACAAAGCAGUCGAGCUGGGAGAAACCCAAAGACUUACAGACUGAAACAGAGAUGUUACUGGCUCGGUGUCCGUGGAAGGAAUAUAAAUCAGACACAGGGAAGGUGUAUUACCAUAACUCAGUAACCAAAGAAUCGAGAUGGACCAAACCUAAAGAACUCGAGGAAUUGGAAGCAAGCAUAGCAAAACAGAGGGAGCAAGAGAGAGGAGGAGGGGAUGCUCCAGCAGGCGAUACUGCAGCCAGCACCGAGCCUGCCAAACCUGCUAAACCUCUGUCCACUAUAGAACAAGCCAUGCAAGCUACCCUGGCCUCUAUAGAACUACCACCACCCCCAAAAGCUGUUGUACAAGCUAAACCUGUGGAGAAAGAGCCAUCAGACAGCAGCAGUGAAGAAUCAGAAGAGGAAAAGCCUGUACAGAAGAAGCCACCUGUCAACCUCAAGUUCAGAAACAAGAAAGAAGCCAUGGAUGCUUUCAAAUCAUUACUUAAAGAAAAGAAAGUGCCAUCUAAUGCCACCUGGGAGAAUGCUAUGAAGCUGAUAGUGAAUGAUCCCCGAUAUGGUGCCCUCAAACAUCUCAACGAGAGGAAACAGGCUUUCAAUGAGUACAAGACACAGAGAGUCAAGGAAGAAAAGGAAGAAGCAAGACUUAGAGCUAAGCAGGCCAAGGAAGACCUAGAACAGUUCUUGCUAAGUCAUGACAAAAUGACCUCAAGUGUCAAAUACUGGAAGGCAGACAGUUUAUUCUCAGACUAUGAUGAAUGGCAAGCUGUGAAUGACAGGGACAGGCGUGAACUUUUCGAUGAUGUUGUACAUAUGCUUGAGAAACGAGAAAAGGAAGAUGCAAAAACACUUCGAAAGCGAAAUAUCAAAGUCUUCAACGAGAUUUUGGAUAGCAUGCCAAGUUUAACUAACAGUACAACAUGGUCGGAAGCACAACAAAUGUUACUGGACAACCCAAGGUUUACAGAGGAUCCAGAUUUACAAAACAUGGACAAGGAGGAUGCCCUGGUUUGUUUUGAGGAUCACAUCAGAAUGUUGGAGCAGGAGAAUGAUGAUGAGAAGGAACGUGAGCGGCGGAGAAUUAAACGACAGCAACGCAAGAAUAGGGAAGGGUUUCUUGUACUUCUUGACGAGUUACACGAGCAAGGGCGGCUAAAUUCAAUGUCUCUUUGGAUGGAUUUAUUUCAUAUCAUCAGCAGUGAUAUAAGGUUUCAGCAUAUGCUAGGACAGCCAGGUUCUACCCCAUUGGAUCUGUUCAAGUUUUAUGUAGAGGAUUUGAAAGCAAGGUUCCAUGAUGAGAAAAAGAUUGUUAAAGAAAUACUGAGGGAUAGAGGAUUUAUGAUAGAGGUGAACACAACGUUUGAGGAGUUCUCCAACAUGAUCUCAGAUGAUAAACGGGCUAACACACUGGAUACAGGCAACAUUAAACUCACAUACAACAGUUUGAUUGAAAAAGCUGAAGCAAGGGAAAAAGAACGCUUAAAAGAAGAGGCAAGAAAGUUGCGGAAGUUGGAAACAGCUUUUAAGAAUAUGUUACAGGAGGCCAGCCCUCAGAUAGAGCAGGAUAAUAAAUGGGAAGAUGUGAGGUCAAGAUUUGAGAAUGAGAGUGCGUUCGAAGCUAUAACUUUGGAGUCAGAACGAAUCCGUCUAUACAAGGAGUUCCUUGUUGCUGUGGAGGAAGCUUGCAUGCAUCGACAUCCAAAGAAGAGAAAGUCAAAGAAACAUAAAAGUAGAAGGUCACGGUCCAGGUCACGAUCUGGAGAUUAUUCAGAAGAAGAAUCCUCAUCUCGCCAUAAAUCAAAGAAGAGAAGAAAGUCCAGGUCAAGGUCACCUAGCUACCAUUCUCCUUCUCCAGAAGAUAAAGAUGAGAAGUCCUCAAAGAAGCAUAAGAAAAAGUCAAAGAAGAAAAAGCACAGAGGGGACCUUUGGGACUAUUUACACUAGGCUACAAAGGGUGGUUAUUCUUCAGGGAGUGACAUGAGUGAAGGUGAAUUGGAAAAACAAAGACGACUGCUAUUGCAACAACUGGAAGCUCAUUCCUGAGGUGUAUUUCAGUCAAGGGACAGAAGGACAUAAACUUACCAAUCAUCUAUCUUGACAGUGCGAUGUUGACAAUUCUUAUUUUAGUUUUUGAAGGAUAGAUAAAAUGUUGUGUUAAUGCACACACUUACGAUUUGAAGAGAUUAGGAUGUAUGUACACAGGAAUAAAUGACUAGGUUUCCUUUUUAUUUGAACUUUGAUCAGUGUUGAAAGAUUCGGCUAUAGAUAAAUUAAUGCAGACUUACUAUGGGAAGACAAAAUGAAGUUAAAAAAACUGUUUUAUCAAAGAAAUAGAUGGAUCUUUAAUUUUGAACUGAAAUAGUUAGAACCUUUAUAAUACAGUGAUUCAUUUGUUUAUCCAGUUUUCGUUUUGGGCGAAAUUAAUUUUUUUAAACAGCACGUCUUUCAGACAAAUUUCUACAUUUUAUGUGUACAUUGAAGGUGGCUAAAAUUAAAAGGAUUUAAAGCAA